AUGAAAGCGACACGUAUUCCUGGUUCAAAUUCUCUGGAGCUCUGUCUUAGCCACUCAAUAGCUGGAGAAUGCGUUACUAUCUGGACAAAUACCUUAGCUUCUUGGAAAGACUCGCUUAAUAUCUCGACUUAUCUCAAAGAGUCGCUCUUUUUGACGACUGUGCUAUUAGCAAAGGAAGGUGGAAUGACGACUUGGGUUUUGCGCGCAUUGACUAGCGAUAGAGCUGGAAAUGUUAGUGAUACUAUUGUGCAUGGAAUUGCGAGUGUCUUUUGCUGUCCUGACUAUCGCGGCCGAGGCUACGCACUACGCAUGAUGAGAGAACUAGCUAAGGUCCUUCUAACUUGCAUACUCUAUUCCGACAUUAGCAAGUCAUACUAUGCUGCUUUUGGAUGGAACCCAAGUCUCACAAACACUCACGUAGUGUUCCCGCCCAAGACUUCGAAUAAUCUUACGACCAAACACAUUCCAGUAGGCGAUUUGCCAAGGCUCUGCGAGAAAGACGAGUCAAUGAUUAGGAGGGCUAUGGCAGCUCUAGCAGAAAAAUCUAAGACGCGUUUGACAAUUAUGCUAGAUCUAGAUCAUAUGCUUUGGCACAUUGGAAAAGAGGACUUUGCGUGCAAAAUACUCUUUGGAAAGGUUCCUUAUGCAAAAGGAGCCAUUGCAGGACUACUAGGUACUCAAGUUUGGGCAAUAUGGACUCAUCGCUAUUACGCAAAUCCUGACGCCAAAACGGACGACAAUACUCUUUACAUUCUACGACUUGUGGUCGAAAAUAGCGAAUGGGAAGAUAUUCAUCUCCCAGACAGGGAGAAGAAUCCUGGCUACCGCCAGCAAGUCAGCCACUUACAAGCCGUUCUUGUAGCAGCUCAGAACGAGGCCGCGCUAUGGAAGCUCGACCAGGUGAAAUUAUGGCAUCCAACACCAGCAGUCCAAGAGAUGAUACAUCUGAGCGGGAUUGAGUACUCAAUGGUUGAAAGAGAAGAAGACAGCAUCGCUAGUGGCAUCUAG